CCCCUUCCCUGCAAUUAAAGGAGUUUGUUCUUAAACUUAAGCCUAAUCCCGGAGCUCGGGUACAACAUUUGGUAUCAAAGCCUAGUUGUCGAACAUCCUCUUGGGGCCAAACAACACACUUCCAUUCCUUUUCCCCUCUCCAUAAACUACUACCUUAUUCCCUUUUCAUCUCCUUCCUUGCUAUCAUGUCAAACACAUCCAACAACCUUUCCAACGAAGAACUUCUAGCUUCCAAUGCCGCCCUCAAAGCCCAAGUUGAGUACUUGGCAAAACAAGUUGCCGAACUCACCAAGAUCAAGAUGAGCAUGGUGAACACCCCGGAGGAAAGCGAUGAAGAAGAAGAGGUUCCUCUCGAAGAUAACUCUAGUAACACCGCUAGAGGAGAGAAUUAUGAACGAGGAGCUAAUGAUUUUAAGGUUGACAUACCAACCUUUGAAGGAAAGAAUGAUCCCGACGACUUUCUAGAGUGGCUCAAAACUGUUGAACGCGUCUUUGACUUCAAAGAUGUGCCCGAGGAGAAGAAAGUCAAAAUCGUGGCGCUGAAGUUCCGGAAGUAUGCGUCCACCUGGUGGUCCAACCUUUCCACCAAAAGAAGGCGAGAACAUAAGGCUCCCGUGAAGACUUGGCUCAAAAUGAGGAGCUUGUUGAAGAAGAAGUUCUUGCCCGAACAGUAUGUACGAGACAACUUUGCCCGGCUUCAACACCUAAGGCAAGGUCCUCGCUCGGUUGAAGACUAUACUCGGGAGUUUGAAGAACUCUUAAUGAGGUGUGACCUUCAAGAAAACGAUUCACAAACAUUGGAUCAUGGCAUACUUGUAUACCGCGGCAAGAGGUCAGGCCUAGUGCGCCUCUUCUGUGGGCCCGUCCAGGAGCCUUUGGGAUCCAACGGGUUUCACAUACUGCGACAAGAGGUCAGGCCUAGUGCGCCUCCUUCGUGGGCCCGUCCAGGAACCUUUGGGAUCCAACAGGUAGGCAAGAUAAUCAUGGAGCCUGACCUGGACGAUUGGGAGAUCAAGGCGGCGGACAGGCGACACUGGCUAGACUUUAGCUGGGUGAUAAUCGAUUAUCACCUUAGUGACAAUCGACUAUCAGCCACUGCAGCUUUGAACUUCCAAGUUCUGAAGCACUAAAUAAUCGAUUAUCAGAUUUGCAAUAAUCGAUUAUCAGCCUUGCAGCCAAAACCCAGAAUCUUCAGAGAGGACCAAUAAUCGAUUAUCACUUGUUGACAAUCGAUUAUCUGGGUUACCGUUGUCCUCCAACGGAUAGAAUUUUAAAUUUUUGGACAGGGAAUCUUUGGAUAAUCGAUUAUCAUGGUUUGACAAUCGACUAUCAGCCUGUGUCCCUGAAAAAUUUGUCUUCAUCCUGUUGGAAACUCUAGCAACGGGUUUAUCCCAUUUUGGGCUAUAAAAGGGCACCCAAAUCCUCUCUUUUAACAUACAAUUCUUCAACAUUUCAAUACUGCUUCAUUGCAUAAUCAUUCCUAUUUUUCUUAGCUAUUUGAGAGCCAAUUCUUGAAGAAAUUGUCGUGUUCUUGAGCGUUUACUAGUUCACUCAUAUCUAUUCUUUGUGAGAGUUUCAUUCCUGAGUGUUUAAGUGUUUUCAUACACUUUAAGGGAGUUUGUUCCCUUGUUGUAAACUCGAAGGAAGUUUCUUGUUCCUUCGUGAGAAGUCUUGGAGUGCGGUAUCUCCGAGCAAAGGUGUUGAGGCUCGUGUGACUCGGG